CCCCCGCAAUGGCCGCUCGUUUUUGGCGCCAAAUUCGCGCUCUAAUGGCACUGAAGAGAGGCAGAGACACUCCUGGACUUCACCUCAGAGGCGAUUCUUGCGCUUAGUUUCCUUCUUGUUUGAGACACUCGCUAUCUCGCGACGAGUCUUUCUUUUUAAAUUAGAUGUUAAGUAGUUUUUUAAAACUCGUAUUGCCGUUCGUUAUAAUCGAGUGACGGGGGGUGGGGUUUGUUUUGUGACUUAGAAAGGGGUCGUUUUAGUUGAUUUAACGAGAAUUAUUGGUGCGUAUAUUGUGCUCCUAGAUAUCGUUCGUAUUUGUAAUAAACACUGAGCAGGGAUGUUUUGCGAGAAGGCGAUAGAGCUGAUACGGGAGCUGCACCGCGCCACGGAUGCACAGAUCCCGCCGUUUAACGAGGAUGGAGUCCGCCAGGUGCUGGAGGAGAUGAAGGUUCUGUACGAGCAGAACCAGACAGAUGUAAAUGAGGUUAAAUCUGAUGGGAAGAAUGAACUCAUCCCCACCAUCAAGUUCCGCCACUGCUGCCUGCUGCGGAACAAGCGUUGCCUGCUCACCUACGCGUAUGACCGUGUGCAGAGGAUCCGCACGAUGCGCUGGGAGUACGGCAGCGUUCUGCCCCCCAGCGUGAGGUUCCAUCUGUCCGUGGAGGAGUUCGAGUGGUUCAACCACUACAAGAAAUCGUUGGCGUCGUACAUGGGCUCUGUCGGCGGGGAGGAGGGACUGGAUCUCACGCAAGACACCAAGCCUCCUAAGAGCCUCUACAUCGAGGUGCGCUGCCUCAAGGAUUACGGCGAGCUGGAAAUUGACGAUGGCAGCACUGUGUUGCUGAAGAAGAACACGCAGCACUUUCUUCCACGAGGGCCGUGUGAGCAGCUCAUCCGGCAAGGCAUUUUGGAGCACAUCUUGUCCUGAGACUGCUGUCGCUACCACCACCCACUCUCGGACCGACCUGGGAUUGAGAAUGCAGCGUCAGGGGUCCCAACAGGGCCCUGCCACUGCCCGCCACGUCGCGUAAACUCGGGGCCUACUCGAUUCAAAUGGCGACCAACGUCAGCUCUGCAAACGCAUUGACAAUUGUACCAUACUUCUCAACGAGAGGAAAGGUACCCACUACUCCAUAGCAGCAGGCCUAAGAGUCCUCCAGGCUGCUCUGCUCUGCAGGAUUAGUUUAGUUGGCUGUGGAUCCAGGAGUUGAUUUGCUGGCGUGUGAGCACGUGUGCCGGCUAAAGUGCAAGAACAGCCCUUUUUGUCGACCCACUACUAGAUGAGGGCCAUAAUGCUCAUUUGAUUAUACCACGCUGACCAUAACACCUGUUUUAUAUGGUUGUCUUUCCAUACAAGCACUAUCCAGGCUAGAGCCUGCUUAGCUUGAGAUCUGACUGAUACCUGACAGGAGUGCACCAUGGUCAUGCCAGUUAGUACUGAGAUUGUGUUUUUUUAAAGGGCAGUUAGCCAAGAAUAGCAAAACAGUGGCUUUAUUGAGUGACCCGAAGGUCAAAAAACACAGAUCAAGACGUUAACAAUAUAUACACCUCAUUGUUUGAAACAAAGUUAUAAUUAAAUGAUAAAAUAAAAUCUGUAAUUCCAACCUU